GCUGACAACGAGGGGAGCGGGCGGAGGGGGCGCGGGUCCUGGCCGGCCCUGCCCUGCUCAGUUCCCCCGAGCGCCCCGACUGCAUGGUCGACCCCUGGGGGUGGAGAACCGGGAGAUCCCCGCCGGGCGCAGAGGGGACGGGGGGGAGGAGGAAGCCGCGGCCGGGACCCGAGUCCUUAGUCACCGGGUGCCAGCGGGAGGAAGGGGAAGAAAGGUGGCCGCCGGCUUGUAAACAAUAGCCCGGCUCGCGGCGCCCCGUGCCGCGCCGCCUUUGUUCCCGGUCGCACCGCGGCUGCCGCUGCUCGGCGGGAGGAGCCCGGGGGCUUCCCCCUUGCCGGCCGGCCGGCGCCGGGCGCAGCCCCAGCUGUCUCCGUUCUCAGCUUCAGGGAAAUACUUGCUGUGUCUGUUGAAGUACACCAGGCUGGGGUUUUUUCUCGUCACUGACAGUCUGUUAAACAGCUAAGUAGAGAGAGAACGUAUACCAGCAUUUGAGUCUAAUAAUACAUUAAAUCAGCCACAUUGUCUGAGUUUAUUUUGGAGGAAGAAAACUUCAUGAGCACUUAACAACACUCUUCCUGCAAAGCAGAAACAGGAGGGAAAAACGUUGCUUUAAAGAAACCUGAAGAUGAGUGCCCACACACAAACUGUGGAGAAAGGACAGAACACGACACUCCUGUGCCAGGAAAGCUACGUUUGCAGUGGGACAGAUGAAGCAGUCUUUGAGUGCGAUGAGUGCAGGAGCCUGCAGUGCCAGCGUUGUGAAGAAGAGCUGCAUCAGCCUGAAAGGUUGCGGAACCACGAACGGACCCGUAUAAGACCCGGCCAUGUCCCGUACUGUGACUCCUGCAAAGGUGCCAAUGGGAACAUAAUGCAUGCCAGUAUGACGGGCUCAAGGCAGAUAGCAGCAGUGAGGUGCCAGGUGUGCAAAAUCAACCUCUGUGUGGAGUGUCAGAAGAGAACACAUGCUGGGGGGAACAGAAGGAAGCACCCUGUCACCGUGUACCAUGCUGGCAAAGCCCAAGAACAGGAAGAGGAGGAGGGGAUGGAUGAGGAGACCAAGAGAAGGAAGAUGACAGAGAAAGUUGUGAGUUUCCUCUUGGUGGAUGAAACUGAAGAGAUUCAGGUAAGGAAUGAGGAAGACUUUAUUAAGAAACUGGACUGCAGUCCUGACCAGCACCUAAAGGUAGUGUCCAUCUUUGGGAACACAGGGGAUGGCAAGUCUCACACCCUUAACCACACUUUCUUCUAUGGCCGGGAAGUCUUCAAGACGUCUCCUGCCCAGGAGUCUUGCACAGUUGGAGUCUGGGCAGCCUAUGACCCUGUCCGCAAAGUGGUGGUCAUUGAUACAGAGGGCCUCCUGGGGGCCACUGUCAACCUGAGCCAGAGAACACGGCUGCUGCUGAAGGUCCUGGCCAUCUCUGACCUUGUCAUCUACCGUACUCGUGCUGACAGGCUCCACAAUGACCUCUUCAAAUUCCUUGGUGAUGCCUCGGAAGCUUAUUUAAAACACUUCACCAAGGAGCUAAAAGCUACCACAGCCCGCUGUGGCCUAGAUGUUCCUCUGUCAACUUUGGGUCCAGGUGUCAUCAUCUUUCAUGAGACUGUGUACACCAAGCUACUGGGCUCUGAUCAUCCUUCUGAGGUUCCUGAGAAGCUCAUUCAGGAUCGGUUUCGGAAGCUGAGCUGUUUUCCUGAGGCUUUCAGCUCAAUUCACUACAAGGGAACAAGGACGUACAAUCCUCCAACAGAUUUCUCUGGGCUUAGGCGAGCUGUGGAGCAGCAGCUGGAGAACAAUACUACUCGGUCACCUAGACAGCCUGGGGUUAUCUACAAAGCACUAAAAGCUCUAAGUGACCGGUUCAGUGGGGAGAUCCCUGAUGACCAGAUGGCUCACAGCUCUUUCUUUCCAGAUGAAUAUUUCACAUGCUCCUCUGUGUGCCUCAGCUGUGGGUGUGGCUGUAAGAAGAGCAUGAACCAUGCAAAGGAAGGAGUCCCUCAUGAAUCCAAAAGUCGAUGCAGAUAUUCUCACCAGUAUGAUAACAGAGUCUACACUUGCAAGGCCUGUUAUGAACGAGGGAUGGAGGUCAGCGUGGUGCCAAAAACCUCUGCUUCCACGGAUUCCCCUUGGCUGGGCCUCGCCAAGUAUGCCUGGUCAGGGUACGUGAUCGAGUGCCCCAACUGCGGCGUGGUGUAUCGCAGCCGGCAGUACUGGUUUGGCAACCAAGACCCUGUGAACACUGUAGUGAGGACAGAAAUUGAGCAUGUCUGGCCAGGGACUGAUGGAUUUCUGAAAGACAACAACAACGCAGCCCAGCGUUUAUUGGAUGGCAUGAAUUUCAUGGCUCAGUCAGUAUCUGAACUUAGCCUGGGACCUACAAAAGCUGUGACCUCCUGGUUGACAGACCAGAUUGCCCCAGCUUACUGGAGACCCAACUCUCAGAUUCUGAGCUGUAAGAAGUGCAACACACCUUUCAAAGAUAACGACACAAAGCAUCACUGCCGGGCCUGUGGAGAGGGCUUCUGUGAUGGCUGUUCUUCCAAGACCCGUCCAGUGCCUGAGCGAGGCUGGGGACCAGCACCAGUGCGUGUGUGUGACAACUGCUAUGACAACAGGGGCAUCCAGUUAGAUGUGGCUGAAUUGCCUUCAGAUGAGGAAGGGGGUACACUUAUUGCCAGGAAGGUGGGGGAAGCUGUGCAAAACACCCUUGGAGCGGUGGUGACAGCCAUGGACAUUCCCUUAGCAUGUUGUUUCUGCAGAGCACACUUUAUCUUUUCACCCUAUUAUGCAAAACUGCACCAAGCUGUGAGUAAUUCAUGCUCCUCUGAUGGUUUCACUGCAGUGACCUGCCAUUUGAAGUUCCCUAAAGAUUGGCCAAUUAGGAAGCAUUUUAUCAGGUCUGGUAAAAGAUGCUGCCCGACCUGCAUACUGGGUACCAGAUCAUGAAAUCCUGCACUGCCACAACUGCCGGAAGGAAUUCAGUAUCAAACUCUCCAAGCACCACUGUCGGGCCUGUGGCCAGGGAUUCUGUGACGAGUGCUCACACGACCGCAGAGCGGUUCCCUCUCGCGGAUGGGAUCACCCAGUCCGAGUUUGCUUUAACUGCAAUAAAAAGCCUGGUGACCUUUAACCCCAGGCUGCUCUCCAGAUCUUUGCAAUUCCUUAUGUUCUCAGGGUUACAAAUGAAAAUAUCUGGUCUCCCUUUCACCUUCUAACCUGUUGCAGCCAGAGUGCAUGUUUCCAGUUUCUGGCCUCCUCUCGUGUUAUAUCCAUCUUGGAACACUGGGAAUGAGCUUACAUUCAGCCUCUAGGUUUUAAUUUCAAAUUAACUGGGAAAGGGAGGGAGCUCCCUUGUAAAUGAGCAACCCAAAAUCCAGUGUAUUUUAUUCCAAUUAAAAAAUAAAACCAACUAUAUAUAUAUAUAUCAACUAUGUAUGAUUUAGUAUAUUAAGAAUAUGGUUGAAAAUGAAGCUUUGAGUAUUCCUAGUUCAAAUGAUGGAUGGUGGUGUUCCUUACUGUAUUGGAUCAGAGUUAUGGCCUUCUAAUUCUUCUUUUGGAAUGUCUUGCUGAUCAUGAUGUCCUGUGAGGAAGGUUUGGACUCUGCUGCCAGGAAUCUCCAGUGCUGAUAUAUGAAUUACACGUGGUAGUUCAGCCAACUCCUGCAUCUAGAGGUGCUGCCCUUCUGGCCAUGGAAGAUUAAACCCAGAUUUAUUAACAAUUUUGUUUGAACUGAUAUGAGCAAUGGUCUUGCAGUGCAAGAGGUAUCGAGUUAACACAGACUCCCUGGCAGAGACUGGUAGAGCUCUGAAAGGUAAAGCAAAUCCUAUGGCACGAGGCAAAGCAUUCUGAUCUUGCCAUUUCAACUUCAAUACCAGAUCAAAAGGUAGCAGGGCUUUUCUCUCCCUGACAAUGAUUCCAUGUACUCAGGUUUUCUUCAAGUUUCUCUGUAAGAUCAUUGCAGUUAAAAACUUCGUCUGGAGCAGAAGAAGAGAACAAGUUUUGUAGGCAAUUCUGAGAUAAAAAGUUUGAGUUGUUUGGGUUGUGGUGACUUUCCUUUUCCCCCACUUUUUAAGUGAUCCUAUAGUCUCCAAAGCCUCUGUGUUCUCAGAUAUGGUUGCAUAGAAACUGCACAGAUUUGUCUUACUUUCUUCUAAUAAUAUGAACUUACAAAUCAGCCUGGAAAAUGGGAACCUUUCUUCUUUGCUCCUAGCAACUGGCACUUACUGGACUUUAUCCUUUUAUGAAAGGACUGCAAUGAAUUCACUGAUUUUAUUAUGAAAAGCACCACUUUACCUAACUUAUACUGUCAUGUACUGUGGAUUUGUGGUUCCACUUAUAAGAAGUAUGAGACCAUUGUGGAUUAAACUGCCUAAAAUUCUCCCUUCUUGGCUUAAAUAGACAAAAAUUCUUCUACCACAUGAGAGUUGCCUCCGCUUGGAGUGGCUGGAGCUUAAUGCAGUGUCCUGCAACUGUGGUAUUUUUUCCCCAGCUUAUUAAAUGUGCUCUUGUGUGAUGAGAUGCCCACCACCCUGUUUUAAGACUGUAUUAUUAAAUUAACUGCUAUAAAGAACUUUAUCUUCUGAACAAGUGUACUGACUUUCCUUGUAACAAGCGGUUCUCACUUUGUCUCUGAAAGAUCAUGCUCACAAAGUGUUUGUCCCUUCACAACUACAUCCAGCCUACACAAGGAAGUAGACUUAGAAGAUGUUCCAGGACACCUUCGGUACUGGCCAAGUUUACUGCGGACUGUCUUAUGUUUUUGUAAGCAAAAGUCUGCCAUAAACUGACUGUUGUCCAAGUAAGGGCAUGAGUAGGUAGAAAUCCUCUCUUAAAAGACAUUCUGUACAUCUAGCAUAAUUCUGUGCUUCAAAGUAUUCUUUAUUUUUUUAAUGGGUGAGCAAUGUGUUCUUGGUUUGUAGGCUGUGCCCUGUGUGCUGUUUAUGCAUGUAGCUUUACUACCAUGUUAAUGCACAAAGAGAAAGCAGCCAUGACAUUCCUUGUAUAAAAUCUUUGGCAUCUGUUUCAACAA